CUGACCAGGAAGUGAAUUCUAAAUGCAAUUCGACGACUAUAUUGGUCAUAAAUCACCGGAUUGUAUAUUUAUAACGCUUUGACUAUUUUUUUUCGUAGCGAACUGUGCAACGUUAUCCAGUGUUAGUGAGUAUUUUCUGUGUAAACCGCAUCAAUGAACAACAGAAGCCAUACGUGUGUGAUAAUGACCAGCCUGGCCUCAGUAGUUUUCCUUAUGAUGGUGUUAUAUGGCUUCUUUGGCACCCAGCAGGCUAGCAGCUUCGUCUUCCGCCAGGACUACCAGCUGCUGGGCCGGCCGUUGUACAAACUGGACCUGAGCUGGCCCAAAAAUCCUGAACUUUUCACUGGGAAUGUGUUUGGAGUGGCUGUCAACCAGUAUGCUGGUGUGGUCUAUGUUGCACAAAGAGGUGAGAAUGUGCCCAAGGUGCUGGUAUUUACAUCAGAAGGCGACUUCCUCAUGUCCUGGAACACAACCACCUUAGAAAUGCCCCAUGGUAUAUUUUUAGUAGAUGCCUUGUCAAACCCGACUAUCUGGAUCACAGAUGUGGGAAAUGGUCCGUAUGGCCACACCGUGAAACAGUACUCGCCAUCAGGGAAACUUUUACAGGUGCUUGGUACGCCAGGGGAAGCUGGCUCUGGGCUCAACCCUUUGCAGUUUGACCAGCCCGCUGAGAUCUUCAUCCACGAAUCUGGAGAAAUGUACAUAGUGGACGGUGACGGAGGCAUGAACAAUCGACUCAUCAAACUUUCUCUGGACCAGGAAGUAUUGUGGGUGCAUGGAGAAAAAGGACAAGGUCUUGCUCAGUUCUACAUCCCUCAUAGUGUAACCGUGGAUAACGCUCAGAGGGUGUGGGUAGCUGACAGGGGUAACAAGAGGAUCCAGGUUUUCAACUCACUUACAGGGGACUGGCUGGGGUCAUGGGGAAGCUGCUUCACUGAGGACGCACCUUACUCAGUCCGCCUGACCCCUAAUAAGAAGUACUUUGUUGUUGUCCAGCUCAACACUAAUCAGAUUUCUCUACUGGAUGCACCACCGGUGGGUUUAAUUGGCCAGUGCAGGGUGGUCAGUGUGAUUCAAAUGGCUGAUGAAGCCAAGCCACAUCUGGUUGACCUGGACCUAAAGUCAGGGGUUCUGUAUGUGGCUGAGAUUGGAGCCCAGCAGGCGCAGAAGUUCAUCCCCUUCAGUCUAGGUGGAGAGACACUGCGAUUCAAAAGGAGUCAAUGACUAACCACUUUGCUCCGACACUUUGAACGCCAAUGAAGUGGUUGGCCACUGAAAAAUUGGUUAACCAUUUUUUCAGCUACUUGAACCAACAAAGUGGUUAACCAUCAAUUGGCCACUGCUGUUGUGGCUGACCAUGCCACUGACCAUUUUGCUCAGCCAUUUUGAACACCCACUGAUGGUGGCCAAUGUAUUGUAUGUAUUAUAAACUAUAUAUAUAUAUAUAUAUAUAUAUAUAUAUAUAUAUAUAUAUAUAUAUAUAUAUAUAAAUAUAUAUAUAUAUACAGUCUUGGCCAAAAAUAUUGGCACUCCUGCAUUUCUGUAAGAUAAUGCACCACGUCUCCCAGAAAAUUGUUGAAAUUACAAAUGCUUUGGUAUUCACAUGUUUAUUUCUUUUGUUUGCAUUGGAACAACACAACCCCCCCCUGGAGUUUGCAAAAACUUACCUGAGGAAGCCAAAAUCCUUCUGGUCGAACGCCCUGUGGACAGAUGAGACUAAAGUGGAGCUUUUUGCUAAAGCACAUCAUGACACUGUGAAAAAAAUGAGGCCUUUAAAGAAAAGAACACCAUUCCUACAGUCAAACAUGGUGGAGGGGCGGUAUGGCGUAGUGGGUAGAGUGGCCGUGCUAGAAACCUGAGGGUUGCAGGUUCGCUCCCCGCCUCUUAACAUCCAAAUCGCUGCCGUUAUGUCCUUGGGCAGGACACUUCACCCUUUCCCCCGGUGCCGCUCACACUGGUGAAUGAAUGAUGAAUGAGUGAUAUGUGGUGGUCUGAGGGGCCGUAGGCGCAAACUGGCAGCCUCGUUUCCGUCAGUCUACCCCAAGGCAGCUGUGACUACAAAUGUAGCUUACCACCACCAGGUGUGAAUGAAUGAUGGGUUCCCACUUCUCUGUGAGCGCUUUGAGUAUCUAAUAAUAGAAAAGCGUGAUAUAAAAUCUAAUCCAUUAUUAUUAUUAUUAUAGGUUCACUGAUGUUUUGGGGUUGCUUUGCUGCUUCUGGUACUGGAUGCCUUGACUGAAAUCUGAGGACUACCAAAGAAUUUUGGGGCAUAAUGUAGGGCCCAAUGUCAAAAAGCUGGGUCUCCGUCAGAGGUCAUGGGUCUUCCAGCAGGACAACGUACCAAAGCAUACUUCAAAAAGCACACAAAAAUGGCUUAAGACAAACCGCUGGAAAGUUCUGAAGUGGCCAUCAAUGAGUCCAGAUCUAAAUCCCAUAGAACAUCUGUGGAGAGGUUUAAAACAGCAGUUGGGAGAAGGCACCCUUCAAAUCUGAGAGACCUGAAGCAGUUUGCAAAAGAAGAGUUGUCCAAAAUUCCAGUAGAAAGGUGUAAGAAACUCAUUGACGGUUACAGGAAGAUUUCAGUUAUUUUUUUCCAAAGGGUGUGCUACCAAAUAUUAAGUUGAGGGUGCCAGUCCAUUUUUGGAGUUCUGUGUAAAAUAAUAUCAGCUUUGGCUUUUUGUUUUGUUUUUGUUUGUUUUGUUUUUGUUCCAAUACACACAAACAAUUUUGUGGAGGACGUGCAGCAUUAUCUGACAGAAAUGCAGGAGAGCUAAUAUUUUUGGCCAUGACUGUAUGUAUUUGUGUAUAUAUAUAUAUAUAUAUAUAUAUAUAUAUAUAUAUAUAUAUAUAUAUAUAUAUAUAUAUAUAUAUA